CGACUGGCGCGCGAACAACACCAUCAUCGAAGAUGAAGAGUGGAUCGUCAACGGGCGCGCGAUUGCUCGUCGGAAUCAUUUGCGGGAUGAUUCUGUUCGAUCGUGGGAAUGCGCUGGCGGGCAGCGAGAUCUACGCGAAAACGUUUCCCAGCCAACAACAUCCGUCUGACCCGUGCUACGACGAGGACAGGCCGCGACGAUGCAUACCGAAUUUCGUGAAUGCGGCGUUCGGCGCGGCGAUCGAGGCCUCCUCGACCUGCGGAAGCGGCGGCCCCACGAGGUAUUGCGACGUGAUCGAGCAGCCAGGAGGUAGCACGGGUAUAGGUCAGUGCCAUAUCUGCGACGACAGCACGCCGCGGCGCCGUUUCCCCGCAAGUUACCUGACAGACGUGAGCAACCCCAACAACGUGACCUGUUGGCGGAGCGAGCCGCUCGUCACGUCGCAGAGCUUCUCCGCGCCGCCAGACAACGUGACCUUGACCCUCUCCCUGGGAAAAAAAUACGAGCUGACCUACGUCAGCCUGCAAUUCUGCCCGAAGGCGGCCAAGCCGGACUCGAUCGCAAUUUACAAAUCGAUGGACUACGGGAAGACCUGGCAACCUUUCCAAUUCUAUUCGUCCCAAUGCCGCCGUGUCUACGGAAGGCCGAAUCGGGCGACCAUCACCAAGGCGAACGAGCAAGAGGCGAGAUGCACCGACAGUCACCGAUACACAGGCGGCAACGGGCUCGCGCCCGUCGGAAGGAUCGCGUUCAGCACCCUCGAAGGCCGGCCGUCGGCUUCCGAUUUCGACAAUUCCCCGGUGCUCCAGGAUUGGGUUACCGCGACCGACGUCCGCGUCGUGUUCAAUCGGCUCCACAUGCCCCAACAACCGUCCCAGGAGCAAGUGUUGCAGCUCGGCGGCGGGAACACCGGCGACGACCACGGCCUCGGCCUUGAGGAGUUGGCGAAACGCGAGAGGGAGCGGGAGGAGAGGUUGAAGAACCAGAAGAGCCUGGGCCGGGGCUCGCUCGACCCUCUGGCGACCGCUUUGCCCUCGGUGCACCAGGUGAUCGCCCCCCAAGAGAUGCAAUCGAACGACGCGGUUGAGGAGGGUGAAGGCGGAGGAGGAGGGGGAGGGGGAGGCGGUUUCGCGGCUGUCACCGUUUCGACCACGACGAGCAGCACCCUUGCGGGCGGCCUCGGGACGAGCACGCUCGCCCAUCACUACGCCGUCUCCGACUUCGCCGUCGGCGGCAGGUGCAAGUGCAACGGCCACGCGGCGAGGUGUAUCCAAGGCAAGGACGGCGAGGUCGCCUGCGAGUGCAGGCACAACACCGCUGGCAGAGACUGCGAGAGAUGUCGGCCGUUCCACUUCGAUCGACCCUGGGCACGAGCCACCGCCAGGGAUGCCAACGAAUGCAAAGAAUGCAAUUGCAAUCUCCACGCAAGAAAGUGCAGAUUCAACAUGGAACUGUACAAGCUGUCGGGACGUGUCAGCGGAGGCGUUUGUCUGCAGUGCCGGCAUUUUACGGCAGGAAGACACUGUCACUAUUGUCGGGAAGGUUACUACAGGGAUCCGGCCAGACCGAUCCAACAUCGUAAGGCCUGCAAACCGUGUGACUGUCAUCCGAUCGGCGCUUCCGGAAAAACUUGUAACCAAAGUACCGGCCAAUGCCCGUGUAAAGACGGUGUAACUGGUACUACUUGUAAUAGAUGUGCCAGAGGUUACCAACAGAGUAGAUCGCAUAUUGCACCUUGCAUCAAAAUACCGAGGGUUGUGCAGACUCAAGGCACGGCCGGCGAGGAGAGCGGAGAGCACGAAGACGACGACGACGACCGCGGUUACGAUGGACGAGCCGAUCAAUGUGGAAAAUGUCGGGCCAGCACCAAAAGAUUAAACCUAAACAAGUAUUGCAAAAGAGAUUAUGCUAUUCUGGGCAGAAUAACAGACAGGCACAAAAAGAACGAUGGCUCCUCAGCUGGAACAAGCGUUUCCGGUUCAGUUUGGAUACGCUUCACUUUGAAUGUUGAUUUCAUAUAUAAAAAAUCUCCAAAUUCGAGGAUUCGUCGUGGCGAUGUGUUCCUCUACGUACAUUCGGCUGAUUUGGCCUGUAGAUGCCCAAAAAUCAAGCCAAAUAGGUCGUAUUUGAUUCUUGGCCAAGAGAGCGACGGCGGAGGUCAAGGUGGGCUGACAGUGACGCAACGAUCGAUCGUGAUCGAGUGGCGCGACGAGUGGCAUCGUAGAAUGCGACGUUUCCAGCGGAGGCGAAAUCGUGCCAUUGAACUAAUUCUCAUCGCAUCGAGGAAAUUUAGACGAGGAGAAAGAGGGGGAGAUGAAGCGAGCAGCAAGGAGAGAGAGAGAGAGAGAGAGAGAGGAGGAGAAGAGAAGAGAGACAAGCAAGAGAGAUAGAGAGAGAAAAAAAACAAGAUAGAAGCUUAAAACUUUUGCCCGUAUACGUAUUUAGAAAAGGGUGCACAUUCAUUUUCAAAAAAACUGCCAAUAGUUGUAACUAUCGCAUACCUAACUUCUCGCACGAAAUAUAAAAAUACUCUCGACGACGUCCUAAGAUUAAUGAUAAGUAAACGAAGAAACG